AACUAUGUUUCCGUGUGCCCAGGCUCCGCACGGAAAGCUGCUGGCUGUGCACUCACAGACCCGGAAGUCGGGCGGAAGUGGGGAAUCGCCAGUGUUUUGUAGUGGCAGUCAGCUGAUUUCCUAUGCGAGCUGUCGGUCCGGUUGUGAUGAUGACUCGGUAUUGGGCGUUCAAGGGGAUCGUUUGGGUUGUGUUCGUGCUGCUGCUGGUGGCGGCUGCGGAAGGCGGCUCUGGGGAUAAGGACAGCGGAAGCUCAGUGGACGCACGUUGCAAAUGUAUUUGUCCCCCCUACAAGGAUAAGAAGGGAAACAUAUUCAACAAGAAUGUGACACAGAAAGACUGUGACUGUCUCCAUGUGGUGGACCCUAUGCCGGUUCCGGGGGCUGAUGUCGAGGCUUACUGCCUGCGCUGUGAGUGCAAAUAUGAAGAGAGAAGCUCUUCCACCAUCAAGGUGACCAUUAUAAUCUACCUGUCUGUGCUGGGGAUGCUUCUGCUCUACAUGUUCUACCUGACCAUAGUGGAACCCAUAUUAAAGAGGAAACUUUUUGGUCAUUCUCAGCUCAUACAGAGUGAACAUGAUGUGGGGGAUCACCAGCCCUUUGCCAAUGCCCACGACGUGCUGGCGCGAUCAAGGAGUCGGGCCAAUGUGCUGAACAAGGUGGAGUAUGCCCAGCAUCGCUGGAAGCUGCAGGUGCAGGAGCAGCGCAAGUCCGUUUUCGACCGCCACGUUGUGCUGAGUUAAUUGGGUGGGCCGAGAAGAACCGGAUUAGGAGAUCCUGGCACCGUCCGUCCUUCCUUCCUCCCAUUCCUUCUGAUCCAAUAAAAAGGCUGGUUUUCUGUACAGAGCCAGACUUCGCUCCCUCCCGGUGACUGAAGAGUCUGUAUAUAUGUGUUAAUGUAAUUGAUGAUGAAGCUCCUCCCCCAACCGAUCAGCUCACAUUCGGAGGCUCCAUUUAAUGAUUCCUUAUCUCUAUAAUAAAUGCCACAUGCUGGUUCUGCUGCUAAUUAGCGCUGCUGCUCGUUUGCCUUCGUGCAUGGGGGGGGGGGUGUGGACACUCUUUGAUGUUGCUAACUGCCGCCCGCUGAUAUCUCCAUGUAAAUGACACAGUAUUGAUGGCAGGGCGGCAGUGGGCAUUCAGUGUUACUAACAAGCUGCAUGGCUGCGUUUCACAUGGGAGCAGAGAGAAACUAAUGGAGGUCAUUCCCUACUUUUAAACUCAGUUUAGCAAUUUUGGGGUUAACACUUAUGAGCCUUGCACCAAACUAAGUAGAUACCCCAAACAGCAUUUUUUUUAAAGGGUAAGUUACUUGUCAUUUAUCCCCCAGUACUGUGAGACCUGGGCUGCUGUCUUUCCAUGGUCAGGAGAAUGGUGGGGAUUGUUCUUAAUUCCUUUUGCUAGGCUGUUCUCUUUCCCACGUGGGGGUGGAACAUGGUCUUUCUUACUAUCCCCAGGCUGCUUUCUUUCCUCUAGUCAAGUAGGGGUUGGGGCUUGGUUUCCAGAAGUCCAUUAACCGGACGGAAGUCUGCAAUUACCUAGCCAGACGGCAGUUGCUCCUUAGGGUUGAUGCAAAUGGAAACAACCUCUUUGGACAUAGGACUAGUGCAUUCCUUUGCAUAUGGGUCAUCUAUGUUUUGGCUCCAGCACCACGGGGGUUAAUGUGGUGGGUGUCCCUGUUCCAUCUCUUUGCUCCCCAGGGGUGUUGGGUUAUUUGAUCACCUGAUCAGUUUUAUGAUUGAUUUGUGUCUCUGCAGUUGGUUUUGAUCUGUAUAUCCUGAUGGGCUGUUUUCCUCCCUAUGGUCUUGUCACUCACCCCCACUCUCAUCUUUAUGCUCAGACAGGAUUACACCCUCUUGGCUUCUGUCCCCUUAGCAUGUUUCUUAGAAUUAAUUAUUCUGCCUUGUCCACCUCAUCUUCCUCACACUGUAUUCCUUAAAGGAGAAUUCAACCUGUAAUAAAAAAAAAAAACCUCCCCCUACCCUAGGUAGACCUCCUCCCACUCAGCCUACCUUCCCCCCCUGGGCAAAUGCCACUGAUUUUUUUUACUCACCCCUCUGUGCAGAUUCUGGCCUCUGAGUUCACGGCAGCCAUCUUCUUUCUUCAGUCCUUUCAGGAAGUUUCGGCACAUGUGCAGUUGGAGUAAAUUUCCGGUCCCGAACCACUGCGAAUGUGCCGAAAGUCACGAAAAUUCGGGAAAUUUACUCCAACUGCGCAUGUGUUGAAAAUGCCGUCAAGACAUGAAGAUUACCAGAGAAGAAGAAGAUGGCUGCUGUGAACUCCAAGGCCAGAAUCUGCACGGAGGGAUGAGUAAACAAUUAGGGGCAUUUACCCGGGGGGGGGAGGUUUUUUUUUAUUACAGGUUGAAUUCAACUUUAAUCCCGCCCCUUUCCUAAGAAUUUAUUCCUUUACACUGGAUCCUAACCCCACCCCUUCCUUCAAAUGUUAUUUUUCCCCCCUCUUAUCCUCUCCCUUGGCCCCUAACCCCGCCUAUUCCCUCACCCUGCUCGCACUCCACUCAUUUGAAUGGAAAUAUCAAUUUCAGAAGUUGCUGUCUUGAUUAUUUUAUUAUUUUAUUGUUAAAGACUGAAUAAUAAACUUGUACAGUUACA